CGCGCAAACGUUACGCGCUCAUCGAGACGCUGAGCAAAUUGCCCCGUGACGCCUCGACGAAGGCGAAAGUCAUACCGUGGGAUGACGUUCGUCAUGUCCGUACGUCGCAAAAGCGAUUCGUCUAUGACUCAGCGGAUCUGGGACACAAUUAAAACCACGGUACAUCAAAGAAGCUUACCUAGUAAUGACCGUAUGGUACGGCAUUUGGCUCGAGUUUACGGCUUUACAGAACAAGAGGCUCAGGAUGAACUCAAUAAGGCGGUCGAAGAUAAUCUUGUUUUGUUGAAAAAAGUGCCUACAAAAAACGGUAUCGAGCAGGAGAGUUAUAGAUUCCCUCCUGUGACAAGUACAGUGGAAAAUGAUAGCCACGAUUGGUACUGUUGUAAGUGCCAGCGAGCAGGUGCGGUCGAAUGCUGCGAGCAGUGUCACCGAGUCUAUCAUCCGGAAUGCCAUGUAUCCAGCAAUGCAAAGUUAAAAAUUUGUAAUUUUUGCGAGAAAAUAAACAGUGAUAUGUAUCCUGAUAAAAACGAUCUCAAUCACAUUCUUGGCUUUACGUGUGGUCAUUUGAAAGCUAAAUUACCGCCAGAAAUCACAAACCGUACUAUCGUCUUCAACAAUGGUCCGAUUGUUACGCCUGCCAAUGGUUUCUCCGGACCAACCUGGAUAAGCGAGGGCGAAGAUGCGUGGCGACCAGGAAUUCUAAUAAAACAUCACAUGGAUUUGGCGAUAAUGGACGCAAAGACGAGCAAAAAUGAGUAUAAAAAUCUUGCUGAAUUCGAAACUGACGCGCACAAUAUUUUGCAUAACAUCAUAAUAUAUCACGGAGCUCACAGCGUAAUAGGAGAAAUGGGCCGUAUUAUGUAUCAAGACUGCUGUUACGAUCUUCAAGAAAUUCGUCGUUGCGCGGAUUGUUAUCGUAUAUCGAACGAAAAGUCCGAAAAGAUGUGGUUCUGUAUACCGUGUAAUCCACCUCAUCAAUUGGUUUAUGCGAAACAAAAGGGAUACCCGUAUUGGCCCGCAAAAGUUAUGCAAGUUAACGGCAAUGUGUAUGAUGUGCGCUUUUUCGGAGGUCAUCACAUGAGAGCCAAUAUUGAAAAAGUCUUUAUUCGGCCAAUCUCUACCACAUUACAAAGUUUACAGGUAAAAAAAUCAACAGCUUGGAAUAGAGCUUUCGAUGAGCUAAAGCAUCAUCAAAACUUGUUACAAAAAUUAGGAAGAAACAAGGAAGACUUGAAUAUUACAGAGGAUUUAAUACCAGCAAAGAUACAAAAAUUAGAAUCGUCGAGUUCGAGGAAUACAUCGCAUAAUUGUAAUUUGCCAAAGCAAUUAAUUAAGGACUUGAGAGUAAGAGUCGAACGUCUAAGCUCGGAUGGCAAUACCGAGACUACAAACGAUGAGUCGGAUAAUAAAGAAGAUACUUCGGAAACUAAUGGCGAGAACGAAGAAAGACAGGUGCCUUGUUUGCCAAUAGCAGAAGACGAACCUCCUAGAGAGAUAACGAGCACAUGCCCACAAGGGUUGAAGAAAGAGGGCUCGCAAGAAGACAUGGUCACGUCUAGUUGUCAAGAACCGAGAUCGAAAUGCGUUCUCGUUCAAACGGAACAAAUUCAAACGGAUGGGCUUCCCAAGAUCAAGAGGGAACGUAGAACUUCAGAACAACCGACGACAACGGCGUUAGAAAAAUUACGCCGCGAAUUAGAAACUGAAAAAUGUAGAGAACUGGAAAGAUUACAAGCAGAGCACGCGCUAGAAGUGCGACAGUUGACCGAUAGGCAUUUACAACUUGUGUCUGAUAUCAAAAAGAAACAAUGGUGUUACAAUUGCGAGGCAGAAGCUAUAUAUCAUUGUUGUUGGAAUACCGCAUACUGUAGCACAGAUUGUCAACAAGUUCAUUGGCAACGUGAACAUAAAAGAGUAUGCAGACGUAAACGUUAAUUUACGUGAUGAAUGUGCGAGUACAAUAAUAUAAGAAAGCAAAAGAAAAACAGAUAAACAAGUUGAGAAAUUCAUUUUAUACAUGUGAAGGUAUAAAUACUUUUUAUAGAGUAUGAGAACGCACUUAUCUCCCUCUUGUUGUCUGUUUGAAUGUUUUCUUGCAACUAUUAUUGUAUAUAAUAUAUGUAUG